AAGUAAAGGCGGGCAUUAAAAGAGGCAUCAUAUAGUAAAGUAAAUGAAGUCUCUGCGGCCCAAUGGCUUAGUUUGUGAAAGUCCCCAGGUGCGUGAUUUCUAACAUAUGACAAACUAUUCACAAUGCUUUAUGCUUCCUUAUGGGCCAGUAACUGACCGAUAAUUCAAUCAGUCAAUAAAUAACAGUUAGUCAGAUUGUCGGUGACGAGACUGCCAGGGAUCUCUACUGCUGUUGAAGUGCAAAUUACCGUACGUGAUGAAAAAGCCGUACGCAUGUAAACUAGAAGGCGGGUACAUAUUUCCAGUUGAGCUAAGAAGUGAGUGUAUCCGUGAAGCAUUGCAGUUUGUGCCCCGCAAUGGAGACAUCGGCGUUGUGACAUAUCCUCGAAGUGGCACUACAUGGAUCCAGCAGAUUGUCUUGCGGCUGCUCCGACAUGAUGACUUCAGUGGCUCGUGGAACGAGUUAGCAUUGAAAAGUCCAUGCCUCGAGUUGCAGGGUACGCAGGGAAUCCUCGAGUCGUUUACGCCAGUCUUCUACAAAACGCACAUACCCUAUCAUCCGUCGAGGUUCAAUCCCAACUCGAAAUAUAUUUGGGUGUUGCGAAACCCUCGCGAUGUAUGCGUUUCAAGCUACUGUUUGUACAGCGACCUACAUAAGCUGCCAUGGCGCAAAAGGUAUUCAUUUGAAGCGUAUACUGAGCACUUCUGCUCUGGGAACGUAUAUUACGGAGGCUAUUGGGAACAUCUUCGGAGUUGGUGGCAGGUUAAGGACGAGCCUAACGUUCUCAUGCUAGUCUACGAAAAGAUGAAACGAAAUCCCAAAGGAACAAUUAUUGCUAUUGGGGAAUUUCUCGGCGAAAACGCUGCAGAGCUUGUCAAAGACGAACAGCUGCUGGACGCUUUAAUAAAGUGUACUUCCGUUAAAGCUACACGUCGGGAAGCAAAUGCAAAUUUCGUACGCAGUCUCUUACGUUUCAACAAGCUCGACAUCUCGUUAACGAAAGAGCUUUUAAGACCACGACGCGCGGUGUGGAAGAUCUUCGGGGGUGAAGUGAGUUUCGUACGCAAAGGUGUCGUAGGCGAUUGGAAAAACCACUUUACGCCGCAAGUAGAAGAAGUGUUUAAUCAGUGGAUUCAGAAGCAGGAAGACCACGAAGAUGUUAUGGCUUUAUUUGAAUAACUCCUUUAGCCCGCGACGGCCACUAUUGAAAGCUUCGCGGCUUGCGUAGCUAAAUAUCGCUCUAACAACGAUUCAUUACUCUCAUAAUAUUUUUAUAUAAUUUUCACGCAGAUUUAUCUACCUGUACAUCGAUAUGUACAGACGGAGUUGUGUGAUUGCAGAAUAAAAGCCAAGCACGCA